GUGCUUGUGUGAAGUGUGGGAAAGGCGUGUACGGGGCGGACAACGCCUGCCAAGCUCUGGACAACCUCUAUCACACUCGCUGCUUCACCUGUGUGUCCUGCGGACGCACCCUGAGAAACAAGGACUUCUACAACGUCAAUGGUUCUGUGUACUGUAAAGAGGAUUACAUGUUUUCAGGAUUCCAGGCAGCUGCGGAGAAGUGUAGCGUGUGUGGCCACCUGAUUCUCGAACAGAUCCUGCAGGCUGUUGGAAACUCGUACCAUCCCGGUUGUUUCCGCUGUGUGGUCUGCUCCAAGGCUCUGGAUGGCGUGCCUUUCACCGUGGACCAGAACAGCAACAUCUACUGCGUCGCAGACUACAACAAGACUUUUGCACCGAAGUGCGCUGCCUGCCUGCAACCCAUCUUACCUACUGAGGGCAGCGAGGAGAUCCUCAGGGUCGUGUCCAUGAACAAGGACUACCACUUUGAGUGCUACCACUGCGAGGAGUGCGGUAAGCAGCUCUCGGAUAAGCCCGGCUCGCAGUGCUUCCCUCUGGACUCUCAUCUCCUCUGCCACUCGUGUCACGUGAACAGAGUGUGCGCCACACACAGCAUUCCUCCGCAGAACACGCACUGAUCGGCCUCGACUCGUACGCUCGGAAAUGUUCAGUUUUGACUUUUUGUUUUUUCCCCCCCAAGAUAAACCUGCUGAUAAACAUUUCAUUCAUCAUUUCACUUUGUCACACAUCCUGCUGUACUGUUACUGUACUCUAGUUGAAAGGGAACAAAAGAGACUACUGCUUUAUUAACCCUAACGUGGCUACUGUUUGCUGUAGAAGAACAAGGGAUUUUGCUGGGAUAUUUUGUAAACGUAUAACUAGCAAACAUUUUGCACUUAAAUUUGACUUUACUGUAAAGAUUUGUUACAUAAAAGUACAAGUUGAAGAGAAAACAGAAAAAAAAGAACAUUGCUGUAAUUUGAUGGUUAUAAAUAUGUUCAUUGUGUACUUACAAAUAAUGGUCAUGAUUUCAAUAAAAUAAACUUUUAACACGU